CUCGCGGUGGCAGUUGGGACGUUGGCGGAGUGUGUGCCUGCGCUGAGGAAAGGUUCAUGUCCCCGGUGUCCGCUCCGCUCGCCCGAUAAGGAAUGCGUCUUGCUAAACUGCCGUGUGGUUUAACGAUUGAUAAACUUCCAGCGCAGACCGUGGUAUAAAAGGAGUCAUGGUUUGGCGUCGCUUCUACUCUUCCUAUACAAGCGUGCGAGCCUAAUUCAUUGAGCUAGCUGUCGUUAGCCCGCUUCGUUGAUUCAUAGCGCGCUAGCUUGCUAGCUGGAGUGUGCUGCUGGCCCAUCCAGUUGACCGGGAGACGAGCGCGACUGACUGAAAAACACAGCCGUUGUUUGGGACGAGGUGGUGGCGGCUGGCGGGGGGCCUGGAGAACGCGACGGGGUGGAAGUGAGUCAGGAGCGGCUGAUGAGUUCAGACCGGAGCGGAGAGCCACCGCUGCUGCAGGAGGAGGCUGAUCCCGGACCGAUAAGCGGUGGGAAGGACGAGGCUCCGCUGGGGAGCGAGGGAGGGUCAGGCGGCAUGGUCACCUCAAAGGGUGCUGGUUUGAACCCAAAUGCCAAGGUGUGGCAGGAGAUCCCCGUGGCCCCCAGCGAGGCUGUUACCAGUCCUCAUUGGCCUCCCUCAGACAUCAGUUAUUCAGAGCAUUCCUCAGCUGGUUGUAAGCAGUACACUGUGGGAUUUUCCACCUCAGGUGACAGCAGCUCCACGGCAACAGCUGAGAUAGCAAUAAAUGGGAUGGACCCUCAAGAGCUGGGCUUUUCCCCCGCCGAUUCCACGACUGGAAGCUCUGAUUCUAAAACAGAAGAACAGGUCUCUGAGAAUUUACGAGAGUCUCUGAAGAAAGAGCUGGAGUUUUAUUUCUCAAGAGAAAACCUCUCCAAGGAUUUAUACCUCAUGUCUCAGAUGGACAGCGACCAGUUUGUCCCUAUUUGGACUAUAGCCAGCAUGGAGGGCAUAAAGGUCCUCACCACUGACAUGGAUCUCAUCCUGGAUGUGUUGAGAUCUUCUCCAAUGGUACAAGUGGAUGAGAAAGGCGAAAAAGUACGACCUAACUACAAACGAUGCAUCAUCAUCCUGAGGGAGGUCCCUGAAACCACACCUGUAGAGGAAGUUCAGUCAUUGUUUAAAAAUGACAACUGUCCAAAGGUGAUAAGUGUUGAGUUUGCGCACAACAGCAACUGGUACAUCACAUUCCAAUCGGACACAGAUGCUCAGCAGGCAUACCAGUACUUGAGGGAAGAAGUCAAAACCUUUCAGGGAAAACCCAUAAUGGCAAGGAUAAAGGCCAUCAACACAUUUUUUGCAAAGAAUGGUUACCGUAGCAUGGACAGCAGCUUGUACGCUCAGCAGUCCCAGAACCAGUCCCAGUACAGCUCUCCACUUUACAUGCAGCACGUCUACCCCCAGCAGCAGUACCCGGUCUAUGGCAUUGUACCUCCCACCUGGACACCUUCACCCACACCCUAUUUUGAAACUCCUCUGGCACCGUUUCCUAACAGCAGCUUUGUGAAUGGGUUUGGAUCUGCGGGUCACUACAAAGCUGGCUCGUCCACUCUUAACCUAACUCGCCCAUUCAACAGAAACCGUGUUCCUCUGUAUUCAAGAAAGAAUGUAAUAAAUGCCUUCAGAAACCACAUAAAGCCCCAAGUCAGGACAAACGAGGUGACCGCAGCCUCAAUAACACCGGUUCCACUGGAGAGUCUGACUGGGCUGCGCAGCCCACAACCUCCUGUUGUCGGCGCCGGUGCCCCCACCACCACAAACUCCAACCAGACAACCGCUGAUAUCACUUCAACCUUCUCGCAGCUCUCCUCAUCUUCUUCAUCUUUGGAUCCUAGUGAUGACGGUGGCAUGGCUGGUCGUGGAAGACGGAGCACAACCUACAGAGGAACACGAAGGCGGCGAGAAGAUGAGCGGAACACGAGGCCUGUCCCAUUAGCUGAGGUGAAGAUUUCUCCACCCAAGUUUGACUUGGCUGCCACCAACUUCCCGCCUCUUCCUGGCUGCGUGGUCAGCACGCAGGGGGAGCCCGUGCUAGAAAACCGAAUGUCCGAUGUUGUACGUGGUUUGUACAAGACGGAGCAAACCAAUAAAGAAGCUACUGUGAGUCCAGGAUCAGGUCAAACCCAAGCCCCAGAGGAGGCUGUGGCUGUCUCAAGUCCUGCCCUGACAGCCCCAAAAUCCAUUUCUCAACCACUUGGAUCUCUGGCUUCCCGUAUAACUCAUCAGGAGAAGAGAGUCGAGCGGGCUGAACCCCCAGCGUCCAAAGCAACUCAGCGUACACCAGUUCAAACUACUGUGAACUCCUCUUCCUCCUCCUCCUCCUCCUCCUCACAGCCCACAUCUAGCUCACAACCUCAGCCCUCUGCUGCUUCCACACCGGGGACCCCCAGCACACCUGCCCCUUCUACAGCCGCUAUUACCCCCCCAGCACAGGAACCCCGUAAACUCAGCUAUGCUGAAGUGUGCCAACGGCCACCCAAGGACCCUCCCCCUGCGGCCCCUGCCCAGGCUCCCAACGGCACGGCGUCUGGCCAGCCGUUACAUGAGCUGCGUGUGAACAAGGCAGAGGAGCUGGGCUCCAGCCCCGGAGACAAGCAGGAGAGAGUCCACGACAGGGAGGGAGGAUGGGAAUGCAAGGAGAGCCGACCGCCACGCGAACGUGACUCUCAAGGUUACUAUCGCAGCAACGGUCCGAGAGGCCCAGGGGGGUUCAAGUUCCGGGACCAACGACGUCUGCCCCCGGCUCGACGAGGCUCCCCUCAGGGAGGCUACAGGCACACUGGCAAAGAGCAGAACAUACCACCAGUAUCGCCGAAGUAAAUACUUGAUACGAAUAGAAAAAAUAUGUAUGAAUAUAUAUAUACAUGGAGAUAUAUAUAUAUAUAUAUAUAUAUAUAUAUAUAUAUAUAUAUGUAAAACUAUAUAAAUAAAAUAAAAGCAACAACUUUAUGGUAGCCACCUUUCCCCCUGGAGACUGUCCAAAGUAAAGCUUUUAAAAUGAAUAACUUCCAGGACUUGAGGGCAAAGUGACACCCGAUGAACUUCCAGUGGUUCAAAAAGGAAUACAACUCACUGUUUUGGCCUCCAGCGUUAUGCUUAACAGAAUUUAAGUGCGAUUUAUCUGGAGGCCGUGCUUAUGCUCUGCUUGGGGAAGGUGGGAUAUUGGGCCUUGUAAAUGGUCCUCUACCUAAUUUUUUAUUUUGAAAAAUAUAUGUUGGUCUGCUAGAACAAUAUGCACUAAGACAAAAACAACAUGCAUAUAUGUCAUGUACAUAUACAGAGAAAUCACUAACUUGCAAUGAGACAUCAGUUUUUGUUUUUUCCUUGUGUGCUUAGGUUUGCAAGUAUGACUGAUGGGUCGACUGAUGUCUACAUAUGCAUUGAUUGUUGAGCAAAAUGAUUGAAGUGCUACCGUUUAACUGGCGUUAUGAAAUGGAGAACUUGAUUUUUACAGCAGAGAUUCAGAAUCAUUGUCCAGAAAACGAACGCUGUGGUCUUCUAAUGUAUAUUAAUGAAAAUGUGUUGAACGGUGGUGUUUUGAUUCUGAUUUAUGAUCGGAUUCAGAAACUGUUCGCGUGCACCACGGCCUGUGUGAUUCUGUUUGAAGCCGAAAUGCAAGUUGGGGGCACCCGCUGGCCUGUUUGCCAUGGUGAACCUGCAAAGCCUGGUCCAAAGUUUUUCAUUUUUUUUUUUUUUUUUUUUUUUUUUUUUUUUUCUUUCUGUUUAUCAGAACCAUUUUGGGUCUAUCCACUGCAGUGAAUUCAGAACUCAUUGAUAAUCGGUCAGGUUCCCUGUUUACAUGUUUGUUUUGAUUGUGAGGGGAUGUUUUCCUAAGAGAAAUCUCUAUGUUGGUGGUAAGAUUUGACUGUUUAGUGUGCCUGGUCUUCAGGUUUGGCUUUUCUAUAUUAUCCCAGGAUAUUCAGGUUAAGCUUAUAUCUGUGAAUUGUUCCUAAUAGUGACAAAGUUUAAAAAAAAAAAAAAAAAGAGGCUGAUGAGUGCUGUUAGUUAAGGAUGAUAGCUACACAAUAUCUGGUAGCCAAGUUGUGGAAAAUAAGAACAUUUUUAUUUCCAUGCUAUGUGCCAGCUCCCUGCGAUCAUAGUUCUAGGAUUAUGUUUUGAUUUUUAUUGAUGAGAUAUGCUAAAUAAUUUAGCUUGGGGAACUUUUUGGCUCGGUGAAACUGGACUUUUGAGAAGCUGUAGAGGUGUAGUUGCUUAUGAUAUAUUGUCAUAACCCUUCACUAGAAACGUGUGUUGGAGAAUGUAAUUAUUUCUAGUACUAAAUUUGAAGAGAGGCUUUUGACAGACAGGUACCUAUCGGAUUGUUUUUGUGCUUUAGGGUGAGUUUGCAGGUUUGUUUCUAGUUUUUUUUUUUUUUUUUUUUUUUUUUUUUGAAAAACAGGUUGACUUAGAAUAUGAAGUUUGACUCACUGUAUUGUUUUUUUGAAUUUAUUUAUUUUAAUUUUAAUGCACAACGCUUUUCUCCCAAUCUUGGUUGGCUGGUUUCCCCAAAGUUGUGUGAAAUGGCAUUGUCAAAAAUAAAAUCACGCAUAUGACAUUUGGUAUACUGAUCGAGAUGUCAGCUGAAAGAAACAUACUUGAUGCCUUUGCUUUGGGUUAGAUAAUGCAGUAAACAAGUAUCCAAUCACUGGGGCUGUUUUCAUUUUUUUCCCAUUGAGUAUGAGCAGCUAGUGAUUUAGUAUAAUUAAAGAAAUGCACUAACUUGUUUAAAAAAAAAAAAAAAAGAACCAUACUCAUGAGUAAUGUGAAAUAAUUUAAAAAACAUAUGGUUGAUGUUGACAGGCUUGCAAAUAUCUACAGGAAUUGCUUUCCCCCGUCUGCAAUAUUGUUUGGGUUGUUGUUUUGUUUAAUUUGGGUUGGGGUGGCAACAGGAAAUGUAGUAAUCGAUCAACCAAGUGUUUGAGACACAAUCUUAGAACUGUAUGAAAUGUCACCAAAAAUAAAUUAUUUUGAUUUGGC